CUACUAGUCUUAUCAUUCAUAUAAAUUUUACUUUUAAGACCUCAGUUUAUGUUAUUGUUAACAAAAGAACUCAAAAAUAUGGAAACUAGAUGUGUUUUCUUGGUGUUGGUUGUAUUUGGUAUAUAUUUGUACUCGUCCGAUGCGGCUAUUUGUGGUUGGGACAGUGUCUGGUACAACAACUCAACGCCUUCAGCAGCAAACAAUCUCACUGACACCGAAGUACUACCAGAUGCAAGGAUUCUUGACUCUAUAUGUGACAAAUCGGCAGGAGGAAUGUUACAGGUCCGGUGUCAGACAGGCGGAAACAUGCCUUUUCAGUUUGUUCUCAACGACACGUCUCUACAAUACUUCGUAUCAUGCAUUCCCAUAAAUGGAUUGAUCUGCAAACCAUGGGAAGGCGUUACAGGUGCCUCAUGUCCGGAUUUCUCCAUUCAACUUGGAUGCGAAUGUCCGUCAACAAUUGCACAUGCUACAAACCCCGGCGUUGCUUCAACCACUCAGAUUGGAGUGUUUCCAGGCGCCUCACCGAUCGGAUUAUUUUCUACGGGUAUAACACAGAGGUAUGGAUUUUCUACAGAUGGAAUUGGCCAAACGAACAAGGGAACUAUGAGUGGUGCCGGAAAUGCAAGUGGUGUCGGAAACGGUUCUGGAACCGCAAAUAUAAGUGAUAGCGGACAAACCAGUGGUACCGGACAUAACAGUGGUACCGGAAGUACAGGUGAAACCGGAUAUACUGUUGGUGUCGGAUCCGGUGUGGUAACAGGAAAUACGGAUAGUAAUGGAAACCGUUACGGUACGGGCACUUCAAACGAGACUACGGGCGGUAAGGGGAAUGCAGGAGGAAACGGAAAUGAGAGCGGGAGUACAGGAAGCGGAAAAGGAACAGGUUCAUCUGGAAAUCAAAGCGGAAGUGGAUCCUUGGACGGCAACUCCAAAUCAUUGAACUCAUGGGACAGGAAUGGUUCGGUUCGCAGAGAAAAAAACAUCAUCGUUGCCUGGACGUUUGUUCUUCUAACAUUUUUCAGCUACAACAUGUAAAACUUUUGUUUCUGAUAUGUUUCAAAAUAUUGUCAGAGUUUUAUUUAUUUCUACCAGUUUUGUUAAGAUUUAAUCUCAUAUUCACGGUUGGAUAUAUUACAUUUUUAUAGCGUCCAUUUCAAACCAAUGUCGAUGGAAAUUUUGCAUGACUGAUAUGUUUUCCCCGCACACAUCUUUAAUGUUGUCAUAUUUCAGUCCUCAGUGGCUAAAAGAAGUAGUGCUUAUUUCUAUUAUGUGCAUGAUACACAUUCUACGAUCUUUUGUAAAUCCAGUUUGUUUGGUAAAUUUCUGUAGAUAAAUUGCUUACUUGAUACUUUGAUACCUUAAAUAGAUGGACCAUAUUUCGUUGUAUACUUUUAACGUUAAAACCUAUUUCACUAAUCGUUUUGAUUAAUGUCCGAUAAUGACAACACUUGGGUGCCAACCUUGGUAAUAUUGGAUUCUGUUUGUAAUAAAUUCUGAGGUGGACGUGAAAUUCCCUUAAACCGCUUUUGACCACAAACUCUUUUACUUUAUUUUUCCAAUGUGAUGAUCCCGGUUUUAACCCUGUUAUUGUUCUCUCUUCUCAUUAUGUUAAGAAAUGUCAUUGAAUUUUGUUCUGAAAUUGCAUUUAAUCUACUUACAUAUAUACAUUGUACUACUGAUUUGGUUACCUACUAUAGUAUACUGACACGUGACAUUACUUAAUUUAUAAUUAUAUGCAUUAAAGUUGAUGUACUUAUGUAUAAGUCUUAAUAGGCUGUCUGUUCUGUUUUAACCAUUUUAUAUUUAUAAUUUGUGUACUGUUAUAAACGUAGGAGAUAAGAACAAUAAUUUUCUUCUUAUAUAGUUUUUGAAGGUUCAAGGAUUGCUAAAUUUAAUAUAUAUAUGUACAUGAAUUUUCAAACCCGACCAUGUUGACCAUUAACUCAAUUAAAAAUAACCCACUGUG